AUGCAGAACGAUGGUGGAGUACACAACAACUGCUUCAACCUUGAUUGUGGAGGAUUCCACGUUCAACCAAGCCCGUACGCGCUUGGAGGCGCAUGGAACGGUGUCUCGCAGCUUGGAGGCGACAGAUUCACCAUACCGGAUCCUACGGAAGAGAAGUGGUGGGUGUCGGUGAAGGGGCACGACAUCGGGUACUACCCCGAGAGCGUGUUCGACACUCGGUUCCCGGAGGCGUUCUACGUGGAGAUGGGUGGGCGAGUGCUCAACACCAGGCCCGGCGGCAAGCACACCACUACGCCCAUGGGCAGCGGCAUGCCGCCGUGCGCCGGCUGGCGGUUCGCCGCCGAAGCCGGCAGCUACUACGCCGUCAACUACAACGGGGUGAUAUCUAACGACUGGGCCGACCGGACCGUGGUCACGACGCCGGGCUGCUACGAUGCCAAACCCCGGGGCUUUGACAAGAAUAAGGGUGGCUACUUCGUUCUCUUUGGAGGACCAGGAGGGAUCUACUGCGACAAAUAA